CGUAAAACCAACCAUGGCGGGGCGACCCUUCUCCUUCCAAUUCUCACAAAGUCGAUACAUUAAAGCUGGUAGUUUAAUCUACAGGUUUAAGAUCAGAGGAGGAAGCAGCUUUAGUGAAGAUGAAGUUUUGAAGGAUGAAGGCUUCGAUCAACAAAUGGAGGAAAUUGUUCGAACAGUUCUUGCUGCUUUGGACUGCCUUCAGCCCUUCUCCACUCCGCAUUAUAAUGUUUUUCCAUAUAAAAAAAGAUGCAGGAAAUUCUGCAGACACCACCAGAGGAAGCUGUUAAUUUACCCCUUCAUCAUUAUCAUCUACCUGCAGAAGAAAAAAAGGCUCGGGGAGAUAACACAGGAGACAAAACAGAGGCAGCUCCCUACUGUCUUUGAUGAGCCGAGGCCAGAGUGCAGUUGCAGGAACUCAACGCUAGAGGAGGCCAUUAUUGAAGAAAUUUUCAGAGACAUGGGGACUGGAUGUACUUUCUCAGUAGCAGGGUGA